GGCAAUUUAAAGUCAAAAAACCAAUCAACAAGGCCGGCAAUUAAGAAAGGAGCAAAUGAGCUCGAUGUUGAGCGAGUAGCCAAAGCAAAGCAACAGGAAGGGAAUGGCCGGCUGCAGAGAGGAGCUGAAGCUAUUGGGCAUGUGGGCGAGCCCAUUCGUGGUGCGGGUGCAGAUCACGCUCCGCCUCAAGGGCCUCAGCUACGAGUACGUGGAGGAGGACCUGCAGAACAAGAGCGAGCUGCUCCUGGGGUCCAACCCUGUUCACGGCGGCAAGGUGCCAGUGCUCAUCCACAACGGCAAGCCCGUCUGCGAGUCGUCGGUCAUCCUGCAGUACAUCGACGAGGCCUUCUCCGGCGCCGGGCCCUCCCUGCUCCCCGCCGAUGACCCCUACGGCCGAGCCGUCGCUCUCUUCUGGGCCGCAUUCGUCGACGGCACGCUGCUGAAAGCGCGGAGCCAGGCGUUAAGAGGCGAGACAGGCGAGGAGAAGGAGGAGGGGAGGAAGAAGGCGGCCGCGGCCAUGGAAACCUUGGAGGGGGUGUUGAGGGAGUCCGAGGCCAAGUUCUUCAGCGCGAGGGACGGCCCCGGUCUCGUGGACGUCAUGCUCGGCGGCCUUGUUGGCUCGAUGCGCGCGACGGAGGAGAUGUGUGGGCUCCAGACCUUCGACCCGACCACCACGCCGCUCCUGGCCGCAUGGGCAGAGCUCUUCUGCGCGUUGGACGCGGUGGCGCCGGUCAUGCCGAGUGUCCAGAGGCUCGUCGAGUAUGCCGAGGCGAUGCAGCAGCCUCGCACCGACGUGUCCAGCACCACCAACUGAGGCCUACCAAGGCUACCAAGCUCUCGAAUUAUGUAUGGAUCAAAUUUUAUUUCUUCACGCGCGUGUCUUUUAUUUCUUCUGUGAUCAGUGUAUUUUGUCAAGAAAAUAACAGUGCUCUCGAAUUAUGUAUGGAUCAAAUUUUGGACGCUGGAUUUUGAGA